UCUGGAAAAGGGAGAUAUUUUAAUAACUGUUCACGAACCGCCCAACCAGAAAACACAUGCGAUUUCCCCUCAGCCAGACUAACUUGGCAUUCUGAAUACAGGCUCAGAGGGGAGGGGCCGGACCUCUCCAUGCAGGAACUGGAGUCAGAGGCUUCCCUUGCUGCCUGCAGGGAGAGACUAUUAAGAAUGCCUCUCAGUGCCUGGUUUCCUGAGGUAUCUGAGGGUAGCCAGACAGCCUCGAGCAAUCUGAGCACAUCUGACCGGCAUCUCUGCAGGAAUCAGGAUGCAGGCCAAAUACAGCAGCACAAGAGACAUGCUCGAUGACGAUGACACCACCAUAAGCCUGUAUUCUGGAACCUCCACUGUCACCAGACGUGCAGAGCCCAGGCACUCAGAGAAUGGGACUCCCUCUUCAGUUUGGCGCCCAGUGGCCCUGACCCUGCUGACCUUGUGUUUGGUGCUGCUCGUCGGCCUGGCUGCCCUGGGCCUUGUGUUUUUUCAGUUCUACCAGCUCUCCAACACCCAGCAAGACAGCAUCAUUGAAAAGGAUGAGAAGCUGGGGAACAUGUCGCGACAACUACAGUCUCUUCAAACCCAGAACAAAAAACUCAUCCAAACUCUGCAGCAGGUAGCUGUAAAACUGUGUCGUGAACUUUACAACAAAAGUGGAGGACAUAGAUGCAGUCCUUGCCCAGAAAAAUGGAAGUGGCAUGGGGACAAAUGCUACCGGUUCUAUAAAGAAAGUAAAAGCUGGCAGAGCUGUGACUACUUCUGCCUGGCUGACAAUGCCACCAUGCUGAAGAUAAGCACGCAGGAAGAGCUGGAUUUUGCCAUGCCCCAGAGCUACUCUGAGUUUUUCUACUCUUAUUGGACAGGGCUCUCCCGUAAUGGCAGUGGCAAAGCCUGGCUGUGGACAGAUGGGACAUCUUACUCCUUUGAGCUGUUUGAGAUUAUAAUAGAUCCCACCAACCUAAGAAACAGGGACUGUAUGACCAUCUUCAAUGGAAAGGCUUACUCUAAGGACUGCAAAGAGCUGAGGAGGUGUGCCUGUGAGAGGGUGGCAGGGAGAGUGGUACCCGAGGAGCUCCAGUGACAUGAAGCAUUGGAUGGAGGGGCCGACAGGUCAGCUUCAAACACCAGCAAAAGGACUGUCCAGUGAGGCCAACGUGAAGGACAUCCAAAGCUUUGGGAAACAGAGGAGCAGCUGCUGAGGCUGGUAUGUGAGAGGUUUUCCUGGUUCCAGCUCAGCAUCAUCCAGGCCUGGGCUUUAGUUCUUGCACACAUUUUCCAGACACAAAGAGUCUUGCUCAUGAACCACCAACUAGCCCCAGGAACCUAUAGAGUUGUCGCCCUUGACUUACAGAAGACUUUCAGCAUUCUCCCUUCUCAAGGUCUCUUAUCAGCCUCUGUCUCAUGUCUCUUGGAAAAGUGAGAAAGAUAAGAAAAUAGAAGAGUUGUUACAAAGCCACAAACUGGGUGUGCUUGUGUUUUCAAAAGUAUUGGUGCCUUUAGAGUCACUGCACUUGAAAGGAGGAGGAAGACAUGAGAAGUUCAAGGCCAGCCUCAGCUACAUAGUUGGAGGCCAUCCUAGGCUGCAGGAGCAUGUCUUCUCAAGUGACAGAAAGAAGGAACAAAAAAAAAGAGAGAAAGAAAGAUUGGAAGAAUGAAAGAAGAAAUGUGAAAAAGCAAAGUGAUAAGACAGAACAGAAGAAAAAAACAUGACAUCCUUUAUCCUAGCAGGUGUCUAAGAGAAACUAGCAGAAGUCUCCACCCCUCUGCUGCUCUACACAGAGCCAAUUCUUUUUGUGUCCAGUUCACACCUGGCCUUUCCUAGGCUCUCAAAAGUGACUUCACCUGCUGUGUCUGUGGCCAGCUUUCCAGCUGAUAUGGUUCUCACUAUGUCAACCACCACUCCAUCAAUUGUGUCUUUCCCCUAAUUAUGUCUCCUAGGAAAGACACCGUCUCUAUUCUGAUCUAAGUUGGAAUUUACGUUCCUGUACUCCCAAAGAGACUGAAGCCUAGAAAAAAACAAUGACAAAAAAACCCCAAAUGAACAAAAAACAAGUAACAACAAAACCAAAAACAAUCUCUAUAUGCACAAAUAAUAGAUUUCUUCUUCUAUCAUGUUUGAACAAUGUUUCUGCCUUUCAGGUACUGAAUGUUUAAUAAUAAUAAGUGUAAAUAAUGUGAAAUGGGUGAGGUUAUAGAAUGGAUUUGUGAUUUGGGGAAGGGGAUCAACAAGUGAAUCCUUUUCACAAUAUGGAAACAAUCACUCCUUGACUACUUGUGCAUUAACAACUGGUGGAGCCACUAUAAAGACAUUGUUUAUGAGAUUACUUGAGUAUAAGGAAGUCUUCAAAGCGUAUUGUCUUCAAGGGGAUGGCUGUAUAAUAUUCCUAAAGUGAAAUGUCUGAGGCAAAAUCAUGACAUCUAGGUUGGUUUGUUGACUAACUGAGGUGUGGGAGAGGCAUGAUUUCCAAACAGACGUGGGAGGAAAAAGAGAAGCUGUGACAUCUGUACAACCAGACUCUUGACUAGACAUGAAUUUCUCUGGGUGGUGACAAUCAAAGCCACAACAGGGUCUUUGUGAAUAGUGCCAUGCCAACUGAUUUCAUUGGUGGUAGCAGCAAUAGCUUUCACACUCUAAAUUUUCAAUAGUCAAAAUUGGGAAACAUCUAUUUCAUGGUGAAAUUACAAUUAAAGUAGCACUUUGUUAUGAAAAAUAAUUCUGUAUUUAAUUUCAUAAGAUUUAAUCUUAUGACUGUCAUUUAUCUAACCAUUACUGUGAGGCUACUUGAGUUUUCUUUUAGAUUUCUUUCAUGUUAGCUAGGGGAGUUCCUCAAUAUUGAAUUCUAAGCAGGUUUACUGGGUCAAGCAAACAGAAGUGUGUAUUUGUGGUUUUAGAACUUGAGGGAUUUAGGUCUUUCUUGUUUUGGUUUGUUUAUUGAGCCAAUCACACCAUGCCAUGUAGCUUAUGAAAAAGUGGGGAUACUUAUAAUUUACCUAUGAUGUUCCUUACAAUGAAGUGUGAAGUUAGUCUCAUAAUGUAGCUCGUAAUAUAAAAAUGUGUUGGAAAUUAAGAAAAUCUUCUAAAGGGUUUAGUGAUUCUUUAAAUGUAGUGGAACACAAAUGCAGCAUUUGUAUUCAUUAAAGAGGAAAAGUAUUCUCAAA